CUGGUUCUCUCUCCCGCGGUGUUGUAUUUGAUCGAAGACAAAGACACAGAAAGAAGGAACCUUAUAAGACAUGGCUGUUGGGAAGGAAGACAUUCUGAAAGCCCGUACGGACAAGAGGGAAUACAGAAGGAUCGUUCUCCCUAACUCCCUUGAAGUCCUUCUCAUCAGCGAUCCUGAUACUGACAAGUGUGCUGCUUCCAUGGAUGUCAGUGUUGGUUCCUUCAGCGACCCUGAUGGCCUGGAGGGCCUUGCCCAUUUCCUUGAGCAUAUGCUGUUUUAUGCUAGUGAGAAGUACCCUUUGGAGGAUAGUUACUCGAAGUACAUCACCGAGCAUGGAGGAAGAACAAAUGCUUUCACAGCUUCUGAACACACCAACUAUUAUUUUGACAUUAAUCCUGAUGGUUUUGAUGAGGCUCUGGACAGGUUUGCUCAGUUCUUUAUUAAACCCUUGAUGUCAGCUGAUGCUACAACGAGGGAAAUCAAAGCUGUUGAUUCAGAAAAUCAGAAAAAUCUGUUGUCUGAUGGCUGGAGAAUGAACCAGCUUCAGAAGCAUCUAAGUGCAGUGGAUCAUCCUUACCAUAAAUUUAGUACAGGCAAUUGGGAUACUUUGGAGGUUCGACCAAAAGCAAAAGGACUUGAUACCAGACAUGAGCUUAUUAAAUUCUAUGAAGAAUACUAUUCAGCCAACCUCAUGCAUUUGGUUAUCUAUGGAAAAGAAAAGCUUGAUAAAAUUGAAGGCCUUGUAGAGGAGAAGUUUAAGGAAAUUCGAAAUAUUGACCGAAAUUCCCUUCAUUUUUCUGGUGAACCUUGCACAUCAGAACAUCUAGAGAUUCUUGUCAGAACGGUUCCGAUAAAAGAGGGUCAUAAAUUGAGAUUUGCGUGGCCUAUAACUCCAGAAAUCCACCAUUACAAGGAAGGGCCAUGUAGGUAUCUUGGUCAUCUUAUUGGCCAUGAAGGAGAAGGAUCUUUAUAUUACAUCUUGAAAACAUUGGGAUGGGCAACAGGUUUGGCUGCUGGUGAAUCAGAUUCUACUUUGGACUUUUCUUUCUUUAAAGUAGAUAUUGAUCUCACAGAGGUGGGUCACGAGCACAUGCAAGAUAUAGUAGGCUUGCUUUUCAAAUACAUUUCCCUGUUACAGCAGUCAGGUGUCUGCAAAUGGAUAUUUGAUGAGCUAUCUGCUGUUUGCGAGACAAAGUUUCAUUAUCAGGACAAAAUCCAGCCUAUUAAUUACGUGGUCAAUAUUUCAUCAAAUAUGCAGAAAUAUUCUCCAAAAGACUGGCUGGUAAGAUCAUCAUUGCCUUCUAAUUUCAGUCCAGACAUUAUCCAAAUGGUGCUGAACAAGCUUUCUCCGAACAAUGUCCGAAUCUUCUGGGAGUCCAAGAAAUUUGAAGGUCAUACAAACAUGGUCGAGCCAUGGUAUGGAACUGCUUACUGCAUGGAGAGAAUUACGAGCUCCAUUAUUCAGGAAUGGAUAGCAUCAUCCCCAAAUGAGAAUUUACACCUACCAGCACGUAAUGUGUUCAUCCCCACGGACUUGUCGCUUAAGAAUGAGAAUGAGAAGGUCAAAUGUCCAGUUCUGUUAACAAAGUCACCAUGUACAUCACUAUGGUACAAGCCUGAUACUAUGUUUUUCACUCCUAAAGCAUACGUCAAGAUCGAUUUCAAUUGUCCCCUUGCAAGUGGCUCCCCUGAAGCAGAAGCCCUGACGACUAUUUUUACUCACUUGUUAAUGGAUUACUUGAAUGACUAUGCUUAUUAUGCUCAGGUUGCUGAACUAUACUAUGGAAUAAACCACACAGAAGGUGGUUUUCAGGUUACUCUGGUCGGUUACAAUCACAAAUUGAGGAUUUUACUGGAAACAGUAGUGGAGAAGAUUGCAAGCUUUAAAGUGAAAGCUGACAGGUUCUCUGUGAUCAAGGAAAUGGUGACAAAGGAGUACCAAAAUUUUAAAUUUCAACAGCCUUAUGAGCAGGCUAUGUACUAUUGCUCAUUAAUCCUACAGGACCAGAAUUGGCCAUGGAUGGAACAACUAGAAGUUCUUCCUCAACUUGAAGUUGAAGAUCUUGCUAAGUUUGUUCCAAUGAUGCUUUCAAGGGCCUUCUUGGAGUGUUAUGCAGCAGGAAACCUUGAAAGUAGUGAAGCUGAGUCAAUGAUCCUGCACGUAGAAGAUGUGUUUUUUAAGGGUUCAAACCCUAUUUGCCAACCUUUAUUCCCAUCCCAACACUUCACAAAUAGAGUUGUGAAGCUUGAAAAGGGCAAACACUUUAUCUAUCCCAUGGAAGGCCUUAAUCCAAGUGAUGAGAAUUCUUCCCUCAUCCACUAUAUCCAGGUUCAUCGAGAUGAUUUUAUGCUGAAUGUAAAACUUCAGCUGUUUGUUCUUAUUGCAAAGCAACCAGCCUUCCACCAGCUUAGAUCAGUUGAGCAACUUGGUUACAUAACUGCCCUUUUACAGAGGAAUGAUUGUGGUAUCCGCGGACUACAGUUUAUUAUACAAUCCACAGUCAAGGGUCCAGGACAUAUUGAUUUGAGAGUGGAGGAAUUCCUCAAGACGUUUGAGAGUAAGUUUUAUGAGAUGACAAAUGACGAAUUCAAGAGCAAUGUAAAUACUUUGAUCGAUAUGAAGCUUGAGAAGCAUAAGAACUUGAGGGAAGAAGCUGGAUUUUAUUGGAGAGAGAUUUCUGAUGGGACCCUCAAGUUUGAUCGGAAGGAAGCAGAGAUUGCAGCACUGAGGCAGCUUACACAACAAGAGUUGAUUGACUUUUUCAAUGACCAUAUUAAAGUUGGGGCACCUCAUAAGAGGUCAUUGAGUGUACGAGUAUAUGGGAAUCCCCAUUCCUCUGAGUAUGCAUCAGAUAAAAGUAACUCUGUGCAACCUUGCACUGUCAAUAUUGAUGAUAUAUUCACUUUCAGAAGAUCACAACCUCUUUAUGGUUCAUUUAAGGGAAACUUGGGUCAUGUGAAGUUGUAGAUGAUUCAGAAUAUGGUUUCUGGAUUACACAAGAUAAGUUAUUUGUAUACCGAAGAUUGUACACAGCAGCAGAAAGACAGCUCAAGAAGUUCAUUGACAAUGAAGAAAAAGUUUAGAAGAUUUGAAAGUGACAAAUAUUGUCCUUGUAUUUUUCAGUAAUUUUUUCUUACAGAAAUUAGAAACUUGUCCCAUUAGCAAUGCUUUAUUCUUUGUAUUCUAUGUUGAGCUACUUUGUUCUGUAAUAAAGUUAGGGAUCCUCAAAUAAGAAACACAGAACCAAGAAUUUUAUGUUGUCAUACAAAUUGCGUUGGAAUCUUUACAUUUUCUUGCAA